UUUUGUCAUAUGUUGUUGACCUCAAUUGGCUGGUGAUAUAGUCCUCAAUUGGCCUGCAUUUCUGGCCCAUUAAAUCUACUAUUUUCUGUAUUUUGUUCCUGAUGACCUGACCUAUGAGACAUUCCGUUUAUGUUCAUGCACCACCUCAUCUUGAUUGUGUGCUUGCAUUAUGAUUGAACACAUGCAUGAAAUGAAAUGAUCUUAAUUAAUAUACAAUCAGAUAUCAGUACUUGUGGUGCAAUGCCUAUGUAUAACAUGUUACUUGGGUCAUGUGCUAUUCAAAUCUAGACCUUACAAUGGAGUAUAACUGCUCUUUAGACUAUAAUCCUUUUUCAGUAUAUAAAUAUUAGUUAUAAUUAGCAUCCGAACUUUUUAAAUAUUUUUUUGUAAUGACAUUUUCGUGGAUAGCAACUGGUGAAGGCAAUCUACCGCAUAGAGAGAUUCCUAGAAUAAAGUUGUUUAGGUGAUGAUUUCAACAGUUGGUGAGCUAUCUAAACGUUUGGUGAUGCAGGAAGUACUUGCUGUCUGAUGAUAUAAGAGGCAUGAAGCAUCCAUGUUCUCAGCAAAAAGCUGAAAUGGAGGGAUGAGGAAUAUGGAAUUGGAUGAUACAAAUUUACGAGAAGGAUCUGGUUCUGUUCUCACAUGGAAAAGAGGUGGUGGUCAUGGAGUCCAUCCAUAUUCCACAGGGAGAGACCAUGGCUUCUGGCUUGGUUCCUGACAUUUGGCAGUGGAUCCGGAGCCUCCCCAAGCAAUGGAGAGCAAAGGAAUCCCACUCUCUCCAGAUAUGCACUUCACCAUCCACAAACCAAUCUCUGAACCUUGUGGUGAUGAGUAGGCAAUCUGAAACCGAAACCCGUUCAUUCAGUUUGUGUUUCUCCAUCUGUGAUGAUCAUGAUCAAGUCUCACUAUGGAGCCCCAAGCCGAAACCUGCAAAUUACACCACAGACGACGUCGCUACCCAGUUCUUGGUCGAGAUCAUAUGUGGGGUGCUCAGGUAUGGGCCAUACUGUAGCAGCAGGUCAAUCUUGAUGCUGCCAAAUGUGCAGAUGUCUGAAGAUUCAGGCAUGAUGUUGAGCCUGUCGGUCCUGAUGCUGGCAUUCCUGGUCUGCGUGUACGAGGCUCCGUCCACGCUCCGCAGAGAGUUCAUCGGCACCAUCACCGCGCGGCUGACCCAGCACGGCCACGAGAUGCGUCACGCGGCGAGGGAGCUGAUGCUGGCCCUCGGGUCCAGCCUGGAGGAGCAGUGGAUGCGGUCGGUGAACCUGGGCGUCACCAACUGGGUUAUGGAGGCUCUCAGGUCAGGCACGGCGCCGGCGCCACCGCCGCGUUUCGCGGUCUUCACCUACGCUCUGUCGGCGAGCAGGCUGUGGAAGGUGCAGCUGUACUGCCCGGUGGUGGCCAUGACCAUGGAGCACCACCCGUCGUCCCAUCACCACCAACAGCAGCAGCUGGCCAAAGACGAGAGGCUGCUCUUCUCGCUCAACUACCAGCAGCUGGAGAGCGUCAUCCAGUUCGUUUACAGAGUCGCCUUCAAGGAGAACUGGAUAGACGUCGCCGUUAACGUCGACAACAUCAGGUGUGACGUUAUCCAGCUGGUGUCCGAGACUCUCAUGGCGAGGCAGGGGCACGGCUCGGACGAGAAGCACUUCCCGUCGCGCAUAUCGCUGCAGCUGACUCCCCUGGCGCAGUCGGACAUCCUCUCGCUGUCCGUGAGCAGGUCGACGGACAAUCCCGUCCAGGAGGUCGGCGCCGACAAGGGCAUCGACACGACGUUCGGCGCCGCGCCGGCGUCGAUCGGCAUCAGCUUGUCGGCACACGAGACGGUGACGAGGAGCAUGAAGCCCUGGAAGUUCGAGCACUCGGUGCAUGGCAAUACGGCGUCGCUCAGCUGGUUCCUCCACGGCGACGGCGGCGGGGGCAGGGAGGUCUUCUCCAGCGAGCCGCCAAAGCUGGAGCUCUUCCAGCCGAGAUCGUGGUUCAGGAACAGGUACACCAGUCCCAGCAGGCCCUUCACGAGGAACGGCGGAGUGAUCUUCGCCGGCGACGAGUACGGGGAGGCCGUGUGCUGGAGGAUGGGCGCGGCGGCCGCCGGCAAGACCAUGGAGUGGGAGAUCAAGGGGAGGAUAUGGGUCACCUACUGGCCCAAUAAGAAGAGGACGCUGCAUACCGAGACCAGGAGGGUGGAGUUCAGAGAGCUGCUGCACCUAAACAUUGGAGAGUAGACAGCAGAUCUCACCUACAUAACCAUCGUUUGCUUGCUUAGUGUCAGUAAAUUAUGGAGAAACAAAUAAUCAAGUAUAGUAUAAUAGUCUAGAUUACUGGUGUGUCAGUGAAUGUCUGAACUAUGAAAUGCAGCUCAAAUCAGAAGAGUAUAUGGAUGGAGAUCAUGGUUUUAAAUAUCGCUA